CGACAACACGUUAUGGAAGACUCCAAAAUUGAUGAAAGUACUAUGCAUAUUCACAAUGAAGAUGCCAAUCUCCUAAAGCUCAAUAAUUUUGAAGAAAAAGUCAAGCAUCUCCCUUCUGAUGAUAGGCCAAACACAGGUGAGGAAUGGGAGGAAGAGAAGGACAAAAUUUCACCCUUGAAGAUAACACAUCAUACCUACAAAGACCAUAAAAGAAAUAGCUUUUACACCAGACCUGUAAAAUUAAUGAACUCAAGUAGGUUAAUAAAAAGAAGGCUUAAGGAUGCACGAACCAAUUCCUUAAGUAAUCUCCACUCUAUAAAGUCCACUGAUGAUAUAAUGAGGAAGAAGAACAAUAGGAAGAACCCCAGCUCUCAUAUCCAAAGAGUGUUUGGCCCAAGGUUUAAAUUCUCUGAGAAAUUGCUGAUUUCAAAAAUGGACAACAUGAUGAUUAAAUAAGUCUUUAUUGGAGAUUUUUAAACUUAAAACUCUUACCAGGGAGAACCUCAAGUAUAUCCUCAGAGAAGGAGCUGAUACCAACAAUAUAUUAAGGAUUACAGACGAAUGCUUUGAGAAAAUGGUGGACGUACUAAACAUCCCCCUCGAUUCCGACUCUGAAGACACUGAUGACGCAGUAGAAGUAAUUCAGAACUUUGAUGGUAAUGAAGAAUCAAGUAAGGAUGGAGAGCCAUUAAAGAAUCAAGCCUCUCAGAAAAACUCGGAUCAAAUGAGUUUAGGCCCCCAAGGGGAGAAAAGUGUUACCAAUACAUCAGUAUAUGAAAUCACACAUAGACAUAAUAAGCUAAUCCAAGCAAAGGGGUGUCUUCAAAAAUUGAUCAGCCUUGAAAAAUCUGAAAUGACUGAGAAAUCAAAAACAAAAUCAAAGAAGCACAAGGAUAAUUGCAUAUUACCAGGAAAUCCAGACGAUAACUUUAAGAGUUUAAAUGUAGCAAACCAAGAUUGCUUAAAACUCAAAUUUAAGUAUCUGGUUGAAGACAUCUUGAAAUAAAAGAACAAAUAUUCAUAAAAAUCAAGAUCAAUUUAUAGACCCAAGAGAUGGCACUGUUGUAGAGUCUGAGUUGGAAGGAGAUAUUACAGAUUAUGUUAAAGCAUCAGCUGGGGAUUGAUCUGACACUUUUAACUGACUUGUAGAAGCUAAAAAGCCUUAUUACAAGUUAUACACCAUCCUUACAAUAAUAGCACUGAUCUCGUUCUUCAUCAUGGCAGCUAUCUCUUCGUCCUAUUCUUAUUCUGAUUUUAUUGGUACAUGGGUGGUUAUUAGUCGAGGAUCUGCAUCAUCAAUUCUUGGACUUACAGGGAUCCUCAUGCUGUUAGUUUCUUAUGAUCUUUUGACAUAUAUUCGUUCAAAAUGCAAAGGGAGGUGACAGCUUUGGCUAAACCACAACAUUCUACUACAUAGAUUUUGAGGUUAUUUAAUCACUUUCUUUAGCAUUGUCCAUGUGGUGGGGCAUCUAUCUGGGAGCAUUAAGAAAUUCUCUGAAGCAAAAGAUAUCGAUAAUGUUAAUGAAGUGACUCUUAACCAUAAUUUUGAUGGUAAAUAAAACCUAUGCUGAAUUACUAUUUCUCACUCUCCCUGGAAUCACUGGAAUUUUGCUCAUCAUUAUAAUAAUAGCUAUUGCUAUUACAUCAACAAGUUGGUUCAGAGAGAGAUACUUUCAGACCUUUGCUUUGAUUCAUGUUGCUGGGUUCCCUUUGUUCCUUGGACUCAUAAUUCUUCAUGGCUGAGAAGGAUGGUUCAACUGGGGAUUUCCCCUUGGAGCCAUAUUCCUCGCUCCUCCAAUUAUCAUCUCAACUAUCCAGUUUAUUCAAAGACUGAGGACAAUAAACAAGUUCAAGUUUAGAAUUGGAGAUGUAAAUAUCUCCCAAAAUAAGAGAUACAUAAUGAUCUUUUUCAUCAAGCCUCGAGGAUUCACUAUCAAGAAAGGCCAGUAUGUAUUCAUAAAUAUUCCUCAAGUGAGUUGUUCCCAAUGGCAUCCUUUCACAGUGGCUUCCUGCCCAGACUCGAAGUUUAUUACAGUGAUGAUGAAGAGAGCAGGAGACUGGACUGGCAAGCUCAUUGAUAUCUUGUUCGAGCAGAAGAAAGCUAUGAUGAGAAUGAGUGAGCUCGAUAUCGAUACAUAUGAAGAAAAAGAUGUAUUCAAUGUUCUACAUGACAUUUACGACGAAAUAAAAGUUAAAGAAAUGAUGAAUAUUAAUAAAAGAUACUUUCUUUAUGCUAACAUUAGCCGGCCUAUCACAAGCGCGUGAGAAGCAUAUGAUAAUAAGAAUGUUGUCCUUGUUGGAGCAGGAAGUGGAAUAGCUCCAUUCUUGCCACUUGUGGAUGAAAUUAUCAGAUUCGAUCAAGGGAAAUCUCAUUCCUAUGAUUUCAAAUCUGCUACAUUGGUUUUUAUAGCAAGGGAGGGAGAACAAGUUUCAUGGAUUUCUAACUACAUCUUACAUCUUCUCUCUACUGAUAUCGUCACCUCCUUCUUUAAUAUUAAAAUAUAUAUUACUUUAAAAAGGAAUUCCGAGACAGUUCCUUCUUUCUUAUUUUGGCGCGCUUUUCUAUUAAUCUGUAAGAAUAAUAUUGAUAUGAACUUUGAAGAAGACAAAGAAAAUGAAAAUGAAGAUAAUAAUUCAAUUUCUUGUCGCCUCGAAGAGCUCAAGGGUCCUAGGAACAACCUUGACAGCGAGAAUCUUCAAACAAUAUCUUCGGAUACUUCUCCAAUAUCUAUAAAAUUCGGUCGGCCAAAUUUCACAAAAAUAUGAAAAGAGCUGAUUGCCAAAAAUGAGCUAAAGUAUGAUGUCUACGCUUGAGUGCCAAAAGUGCUGGCGAACCACCUGCAUUACGUGUUCGCAAAAAUGAAGAAGGAAUCAGGGGUAGUAUUUAACCUAAUCCUUGAGUCAUUCUACUAAACUUUUCAAUGACC